GAGCGUCGCCGGGCCAUCAAAACGUAACGAUACAGCCAGAGCUUUUUCCUGAGGGAUUUUAAAGCUGGUCGGCUCGCAAGCUGACAGCAAAUUAGGCAUGGACGACAAGUCAUUCACCAAGGAGUUGGACGGAUGGAUUGAACAACUGAAUGAAUGCAAACAGCUCUCAGAGAAUCAGGUCAAAGUACUCUGCGAAAAGGCUAAGGAGAUCCUGACAAAGGAAUCCAAUGUGCAGGAGGUGAGAUGUCCGGUGACCGUCUGUGGAGAUGUUCAUGGUCAGUUUCAUGACCUAAUGGAGCUGUUUAAGAUAGGUGGGAAGUCUCCAGACACCAACUACCUGUUCAUGGGAGACUAUGUUGACAGAGGCUACUACUCUGUGGAGACAGUCACACUCCUGGUUUCUCUUAAGGUAAGGUUUCGUGAGCGAAUCACAAUCCUCAGAGGGAACCACGAGAGCAGACAGAUCACACAAGUAUACGGCUUCUAUGAUGAGUGCUUGAGGAAAUAUGGAAACGCCAAUGUUUGGAAGUACUUCACAGAUCUGUUUGACUACCUGCCCCUGACUGCACUAGUAGAUAACCAGAUUUUCUGCCUACAUGGAGGGUUGUCCCCUUCAAUAGACACCCUGGAACAUAUCAGAGCGCUGGAUCGCUUACAGGAGGUUCCUCAUGAGGGUCCAAUGUGUGACUUGUUAUGGUCAGACCCAGAUGACCGUGGUGGUUGGGGCAUCUCUCCCCGUGGUGCUGGUUACACCUUUGGGCAGGACAUUUCCGAGACAUUCAACCAUGCAAAUGGCCUAACUUUGGUCUCAAGAGCCCACCAGCUGGUGAUGGAGGGCUACAAUUGGUGCCAUGACCGAAAUGUAGUAACGAUCUUCAGCGCACCAAACUAUUGUUAUCGUUGUGGAAACCAGGCGGCAAUCAUGGAACUUGAUGACACACUGAAGUACUCCUUCCUACAGUUUGACCCUGCACCACGCAGAGGGGAGCCCCACGUGACACGGCGUACUCCAGACUAUUUCCUGUAAAGAUCUCCGCGCCUGCAAGGGUGUUGAGUAGAGCUGGUGAGGAUGGCAACAAGCUGCACGGAGGCUUGAGAAAAGAAGCAUUCAUAACCCCAUGGACCAAAACAAAAUGUGUGCCAUAAUCACAAUGAAUAUUAUCUAGCCAGUACCACCACCCUUACAAAUUUUUUCUCUCUGUGCAUGAUGUUUUUAUUGCUAGAAAUGAUUGCUACUAUGAACAAUACUGUCACAAUUACCUGCUGGUUUGUCGGGAAAAAUGAAUGAACUAAUGCUGAGAAUAACAACUAAAUGUCAGUAAUCUUUGUGAUAGGGUGUCAAUGAUGACCAGAGUGUGUUGCUAUAUUCAGUAUAUAUCUUUCACUUGGCAUGGCCUCAAAUCAAAGGUUGCAGUAAAUACAAUGUGAACUUAUUUUCUUUUUGUAACCAAAGCGCAACAACAGUUUAUUUUGUGAAGUGAGACGAUUAAGGUUAGAUGUCGGGAAUGUUCUCUUUGCACUUUUGUAUUUGAUUUUUAUCACAUGGCACUGACAGACUGCGUUGUUUUUUAUACCCUGUUACAGUGUAAGUAGCUCUCUUUUUGCUCUGCUGUCUCUACUGAGAGUUAAUGUUAUUAAUUUAAGUAGGCAAUAUUGGUACAAGUGACAUCAGUGGUAAAAGUAACUUGAUGUUUUGCAGCCACAACUAUACAAAAAGUAAAAUAAAGUCUGAAGUUGCUUCGUCAUUUAUUUAUAUCAGAUACAGUUUUUAGUAUUAUCGGCCGCAGUUCUCACCAGUCACCACUAGAUGGAAACAGACACCCAAAAAAUAAUGAUAGACACUGAUUCGAUAAUCAGCACGGUGAUAAUCAGCCUUACAGUGGAUGUGUGCCAAUAACCAGGAAUUAAAUAUCUGUACUAGUUUAUUUUCAUCAUUAUAUAUUUAUAUAUAAUAUAAUAUAUUUAUAAUUUGAACUACGAAGGGAC